AUUUCCGCAGCCUGUUUAAACUUUAAAUAUUCAUCCAUUUUCGUUGCGCUUUUAUCCCCACUAUAAACACCCGCCCCACACCAAUCAGCACCACCACUCAAACAAUCCAAAGGUAUGAACACCAAAUCUUUUCUUUACGGGAUCCAAUCGCUCUCAGUUUCAUCCAGUAAGCCGCUGAUUUCAUCACUCCCACCUCAUAUUUCUUUCAAAUUCAACAAUACCCAUGUCAAAAUAUCUCAGAUUUCGAUUCGAACACCACGUAUAACAACCAAAGUCUCCGCCUCCGCCUCCGCCUCCACCGCUGCAAACGGCUAUUGCAUACCGGCCCAGGUGAAGGAGACAUUAUAUGAUCUACUUGGUAUAUCGGAGAACGGGACACUCUCCGAGAUCAAACAAGCUUACAAGCAACUGGCGCUAAAGUACCAUCCGGACGUAUCGCCGCCGGAAAGGAUGGAGGAGUACACUGUAAGGUUUAUAAGGGUACAGGAAGCUUACGAGACCUUAUCCGAUCCGGAAGCUAGAUCCAUGUAUGAUAGUUGUAUGGCGAAGGGCUUACACCUGGCCUUUUCAGGUAAGAGUGGAACCCGAUUUGAAUCGAGAUCCGAUGAUAAAAGCCGGUGGAAGGAGACGUGGAAGGUGCAGUUAUCGGAGCUGAGGCGGCGGAGCAGGGUGAGUUCGAGCAGAGUGGAUUCCGCGACGGGGAUGUCGUGGGCAGCUCGGAUCCGGAGUCAAGGGAGCAAACCGUCGGCUAACGGGGCGGAUCAAGCCCAAUAAAAUCCUUCUUUGCCUUAUGGCCUUUUUAAUUUUUGUAACUUUGUUACCUUAGGAUGUAAAUAUACUUUUAAGUGUUCAGAACUUGUUAAAUAGAUUGAUAAAUAAAUUAUUUAAAAGUGUA